AUGUCGUCGGCUAUCAACGAUGACGAACUCUCGAUCUCCCUCCCGCAGACCCAAUCCAGCCGCUCCAGGCCCUCCCUCCCUACUGUUGUCUCACCGCCGGCGCGGGCCAGCUUGAGUCAGACCCCGAUGGCGGAGUCUCCAGGUACUGCCCGCGCAAUGCAACGACUGCAUCAGUACGCCUUCGUCCGCAAUAUCGGCGAAGGCUCAUUUGGCAAAGUCAAGCUGGCGAGACACAAGGUUACCGGUCAAGAGGUUGCAAUGAAGACUAUCAGUCGACGCAAGUUGAUCAGUCGGGACAUGGCAGGGCGGAUAGAGAGGGAAAUCCAAUACUUGCAACUCCUGCGUCACCCACACAUCAUCAAGCUCUACACCGUCAUCACAACCAAGACAGACAUCUACAUGGUGCUGGAAUAUGUGCCCAUGGAAUUAUUCGACUACAUCGUGAAGCAUGGUCGGCUCGGUGAAGCGAAGGCCCGCAAGCUAUUUCAGCAAAUUAUCUGUGCUGUUGAGUACUGCCAUCGCCACAAAAUCGUCCAUCGAGACCUCAAACCCGAAAAUCUCCUCCUUGACAAGAACAUGAACGUAAAGAUCGCCGACUUUGGGCUCAGCAACAUUAUGACAGAUGGUAAUUUCUUGAAGACCAGUUGUGGAAGCCCAAACUAUGCUGCGCCCGAAGUCAUUGGUGGAAAGCUCUAUGCUGGCCCGGAGGUCGAUGUCUGGAGUUGCGGCGUCAUCCUCUACGUCUUUCUGGUUGGCAGGCUGCCAUUUGACGAUGAGUUCAUCCCUGCGCUGUUCAAAAAGAUCCAGGCCGGCACAUUUCACAUUCCAUCACAAACUCCGCCAGGUGCGGUAAACCUCAUCAAGCGUUGCUUGCAAGUGCACCCGGUUCACCGCAUCACCAUCCCCGAAAUCAGACAAGACGAAUGGUUCAUGAAAGACCUUCCUCCUUAUUUGGUUGACCCCGUUGAGGAGUUUUUAGACACCGGUGUCGAUCCUAGCAAAGCCAUCGAUCCGCGUCAACUGGCUCCGGGAAAGCCACUCGAUGUGGUUGAGAAAAUUCAUGAGCAAGUGGUUGGCAAACUUGGCCGUACCAUGGGUUACGCAAAGGAGGAUGUGAAAGAUGCUCUGAGCAAAGACGAACCGAGCGCGAUCAAAGAUGCGUAUCUCAUAGUCAGAGAGAACCAAUUGAUGACGAGCACUCCCCAUUACCGCACAGAGAAUCCAGAACUGGAGUCAUUUAUGGCUUCUUCACCUCCUGUUGAGCCAAAUUAUCCCAAUUUCCCUGGCUCGCCACGACGAUUUCAGGAUAUCGAUGUCAAGCCCCUUACUCCAAGUCGCACCGACACCCACCGAGCAAGUCGAUCACUAUCUGAAACUCCGUCGUCGUUGAGAGAAGAAGAGAAGCCCAGAAUCUCGAACGUUCGCGUUCUCAAUACCUCACUACCUCACGUUCACGAAGAGCUCCUGCAGAUUCGCGAAAAGGCAAAGGCUCGCGGUGAGGAUCCGGACAUGAUUCUCCACCAGACACAAGGUCAAGAUCAGAAGGAUGAAGCUGAAAGUCCGAUCCCCGAAGAAAUUAAGGAUGAACAGGGGAACCCCAUCUAUCGAUCCAAAGAGGAACAAGAAGCCACCUCCAGAGCAUUGAAACCACACUCGCGAUCGGUGACGGCUCUGAACGCACUGCGAGACCCUAAAAGCCGACCUGAAGGUAUGUCUGCUCUGCCAGUCGACGAAAAACGUCCAGCAGCUUCAAAAACCAAGCCCAGACGGUGGCAGUUCGGGAUUCGCAGUCGUAAUCAACCCUGGGAGGCCAUGAAGUGCUUGUAUGCCGCCCUCAAGGCGCAAGGUGCUGAGUGGGAGGUUAACCCCUGGCUACGACCAGAGUCGAUGCCAGAUGGCGAGGACGAGAAGGACGGCAUUCCACCGCCUCCACCCGACUUAGAGCCUGGCCAACGCCACCAGAUUUUGCAACAGCGGUUUUCAUUUGUGGGCGCCGAUUACUACAUACCCCGAGACCCGUUCAACAUUCGGGCGAGAAUCUUAAAAAAGGGAUUGCUGAUGCCUGGUGAAGCACCAUCUCUGUCGGCUCACAGUUCCGCUGUCAGUCUGCCCGCCGAAGCACAAACCCAGCUCAAGAAACAUAUUGAGCAACUGGGAUAUGCCUCGGAGGAUGUCAAACAGGUGCUCGGGAUGAACUCGUCCAGCGGAGGCCAAGCAAAUGCGAAGUCACCUGCAUCGAGCGGACAUCCCAGCCGACAAAAUACCGGAGGAGAGCCCGCCAUGCACAGCCAAGAUGCAUUCACAGGACCAGGACAAGUGUCUAUGAGCAGACCUGACAGUCUUUCGACACUCAAUAAGAAGAUCCCAAGCGAGCAUAUCGGAGUUUGGGUAUUCAUCGACAUUCAAUUGUACACCAUAGAGCAGGGAACGUUUGUUGUGGAUUUCAAAUGCGAUGGAUAUCAAAAUGUGAUUUGGCACGAUUCGAAGAAGGAACGAGAGAAAAACAAGACACCUAGCAGCUGCAGCACUGUGACCAGCCCGACGAACAGCAGACCCACCAGCGGAUUCGGAGACAUCAGUCACACCAGCUCUGACCGUCUCGACGAAAUGGGCGGAGAGGGCUACUGGAAACCGGUCAGCAAGCGCUACAAGAACGUCGAAAAAGAGAUUUCCAGCCCUUACCCUUACCUCGACGUGGCGAGUGACUUGGUGGCUCAACUAUGGGGUGGCGCUGCUUGA